AUGGGCCAACAAUUGUUCAAAGUUCACCUGGAUAUAGAUGACAAUAUUCAGAUCAAUUCGGAUACAAUCUUAUCAAUUGCUGGUAAAGAUGAUAUUAGUUUCUUUUUCCCAUUGAAAUCUUCGGAUACAAAAUCUAACUCAACUGAAUUGAAUAAUGAUAAUCCAAAUCUGAAUUCUCAAAUUGAAUCUAUAAAACAAAUUCGAAAUGAUUUAGCUUUAUUAACAAAAUUAGUUCGAUGGGAAGAAACUAAUACAGAAAUCAAUGAUAUACUUAUGAAUAAUAUUUUUACGCUUAUGGUUGAUCAAAAUAAAAAAAUAAUGGAAGAAAUUAAUGAUCGUUUGACAUAUAAACAAUAUUUGCAAACAUCUUUAAUGAAAAAACUCAAAGAUGAUAACUAUGAUAGUGUAUCUAUUUUUGUACACUCAUUUACUGAUUGUUCAUCGGAAAAUAUAACUACAUUAUCUACUGAGACUGAUGAUCAACAACAACAAAAAUCUAAAUAUCAAUUUGAACAAUUAUCUUAUUUUUCUAUUCAAUCAUUAAUAUCGAUCUUAUUAAUACUAAUCAAAUCAGCUGAGAAAAAUGAUCCAAUAAUUAUACAUCAAAUAUUAACAUUAGCAGGUCAAUUAUGUGAACAACUUCCAAUGAAAUGUUUGUCUUCAAUAAAUAGUUUCUUAUUCAAAUCAUUGAAAUCAUUGGCAGAUUAUAUUGAUGAAUUAUCUUUAUCGAAAGAUCCCAUUAUUGCAAAACAAGCAAUGAAAAUUCUAUUGAAUUUCUCUAUUGCCAAAGGAUCUUUCAAAGAUAUCUUAUCUUUAUUAAGUAAAUUAAUAUUUAAUACAACUGAUAUUUAUAAUGUUCAAGGUUUAUUCAUACAAUUAAAUAACGGUCUUACAGAGACUCUCAAUGAAUGGGAAAAACAAAAACAAACUUUAACCGAUGAAGAAAAAUCUGAUUCUCAUUUCGAGAAUGAUGAUAAUACAAUAUCGAAAGAAAUGACAAAAAUUAGUUCAGUUAAUUAUUUAAAAUCUAUUGGUUCAUAUCCUAAUACACAAUUAUUAAAUUUAAAUAAAGAAUUAUUUACUGGACAAUUUAUCUCAUCAAUUAUUUUAUCACAUAUUGAUAUUGAAAAUCAAAUUAAUUUAUUUACUAAACAAUCUAAACUUAGUUCAAUUUCAUGUGAAUUUCAUCCAAAUACAUUUAAAUAUUUAUUUAACAUUAUUGAACAAUUAACAACAACAUCAUUAUUACAAUCAAAUCAUACUGUCAUUCAUAUUUUAAACAUUUGUUUACGAUUAUUUACAACACAUCUACAAAUAUUAUCUGAUAUUAAAAUAGAUAAUCAAAUUGACUUAACAACAUAUAUUAUUGAUGAUGAAUUAAAAAAAUGGUUUGAAUUAUUAUUAAAAUUAGUUUGUAAUGAAAAUUUUGAACAACUUACAAUAUGUAAAGAAGCAUCGAAAGCUCUUAUUAAUGUUAUUAAUAUACAAACAUCAUCAUUUGAUGAAAAAUUAUCUUUAAUUCAUCAAUAUAUUAUUGAAAAUAAAUAUCCAAUAUUAAUUAAACAAUUUUUAAUUGAAUUAAAUAAACAUGAAAUUUUAUUCAAUUGGAUCGAUAUUUUAUGUGAUGAAAAUAAAAAAUCUUCAAUAUUACAAAUUUUAUAUUCAUUUAUUGAUCUUUAUUUUAAUAUAAACGAUGAACUGAAAUCUUUAAUAGAACAAAUAUUACUUUCAUUUCAAAAAUUUCUAUUAUUUCGAUUAAUUGAUCAAUAUGAAAAGAAAAAUUUGACAAACAAUGAACUUCAAUUAUCUUCUCUCAUCACUCAAUAUCUUACAUAUAUAUUUAAAAAUUAUGUUCAAAAAAUAUCUAAUGUAAAUAAUCUAUUCAAUUCAAUUCUUAUUGGAUUAUGUUUAAUGACAAAAACUAAUGAAAUCUUUCUUUAUGAAUCUAUUCAAUCAAUAUUUAUAUCUAUUUUACCAUUAUUAGCUGAAUAUUAUUUACAAAAUCUAAAUAAUGAAUAUAAUGAAUUUAUUUCUUAUCUACUCGGUAAAAUAAGUCAUGUAUUAAUUCUUGGUUCACCUCAAGAUUCUCUAGAAAUAAAACAUAUUAAUCAAUUAAAAUUACCUAUUUUUGCUGGUGGAUAUAUAUUUAAUAAGAAUAAUUAUUUAUUAAAUUCUAAUCUAGCAAUUUAUAGUCAAUUUCAAUUAACAUAUGAUACACAAAAUGAUAAAGAUUUUCUAAUGUCAGUUUAUAAUAAUAUUGAUGAUGGUGCAAAAUUAAUAUCAAAAUUAAAAAUAUUUACAAAAAAUAAACAACGUUUAUUACAAAAAUCUAUUGAACAACAAGCUAAUGAUGCAUGUGCUGCUAUAUUUGCUGUUUAUAUAAAAUAUUAUCGUCGAAUAAAUCUUGCAAAAAAUGAAUUAUUACAAACAGAUCAAAUUCAUCCACAUAAAGAACUUUUAUUAAUUUAUGAAUAUGCAAAUCAUAUUUUAACAUUAUUUUCUAAUAUUAAAGGACAAGGUGGUGAUUGUGAUGAAUUAUUAAAACAAAUUAAAAUGAAAACAUUAUUUCUUUUAUUAUCUGUAAAAGAAAGUGAUUUAAUACCAAUAAUUAAUGAAAAUUUAUCAUCAAUUAUAAUAGAUUCAAAACCAAAAACUAAUUUUAAAUAUCAACGACAAUAUUCACGAUGGUCAAAAGCAAAACAUAUUAUUAAAUUACUUCGAAAUCUUUUUCAAGCUUGUAUUCGAUUGAAAAAAUUUAUGUUAAAAAAAAAACAAGAAAAUGAACAAAAAUAUAAUUUUGAAAAUUUAUUACAUCAAGCAAUUGAAAAUUUUAUUUAUGAAGAUCUUUAUAAAACACCAACAUCAAUAAAUAAUGAAGAGACACAAUUGAAAAUCGAUGAACUUGAAAAAUGUCUUUGUCGACAACAUGAACGAGCUAUGAUAAGAUUAAUUACAUAUCAAUUUAUUAAGAUAUUUUUGCAAAAUGUUCUUAAUCUUAAAAAUAAUAAUCAAUGUCUACAAAUUCUAUCAAUUUAUUUACCAUAUUUAAAAAAGAAUGAUUUAGAAUGGUCUUAUUUUGAUAAUAUACCAACAUCUAAUAAUCAAUUAAAAGAUGAAAUAAGUAAUAAUUAUUAUUCAAUUAUUAAACUUGCUUUAUCUAUAUGUUUAAAAUCAAAAAAUUUAUUAGAAAAAAUUUUUUAUUUACUUAAUUUAUCUUAUGAAUCAAUUGAUCUUUGUCAUUUAUAUAAUUAUCAAUUAAAUGAAAUAUUAUUUAUAUCAUUUGUUAGUUUUAUUCAAAAUUUUGAAUAUAAUACAUCAUUAGAUUUAAAAUUUAUUUCAUUUAAUUGGUUUCGUUUAUUUGUUUUUAAAUUAUGUGAAAAUAAUGAAAUUGAAAAACAAAAAGAUAUAUUCAAUCAAAUAUUAGAAAAACAAGAAAAAUUCGUUUUUAAUAUAUUAAUUUUAAAUGAAUUAAAAAAUUUCAAACCAAUACAAGAUACAUUAUCAAUUAAUUCUGAAGAACAAAAAAGAAAUUCUCUAAAAAAUAUUGCUAUCGGUUGGUUUCUUCAAGCAAAUCAAACAGAUCAGAAUAAUGUAUCGAUGAUUUCAAAUACAUAUGAAAUUGAACUUUAUCUAAAUCAAUAUUUAGUUCUUUUACUUCAAUGUAGUUAUAAUUAUAAACAUAUUUUAUCUAUUUGUGCAAAUAGUGAUUAUCUUAAAGAAUUACUUAACAUUUAUCAUAACAGUCAAUCUAAUAUUACACGUUUACUUACUGUAAAAUUCUUGCGUUAUUUAAUUCCCUAUAUACCAGAUAAUAUUGAUGGAAUAUCGAAAAGUCUUAUUGAAAAAUUCUUAAUCGAUGCUUUAGAUUCCAUUGGUAAAAAUAAUAUUUCACAAGAAAUUCUAGCAGAAUUAGUCUACAUGUAUCGUACAAUAAUGUCAAUUAAUUCAUCAUGGCAAAUAAUAGCAACAAAUUUUGUAAUGAAUUCUAUAAAAUUAUAUUUAAAUUUGAAAUCAAUUGAACUUAAUGAUUUACAUGAAAUGAACAAACUUUUAGCAUCAUUAUGUAUUUUAGGUGAAUAUAUUGAACCUUAUCGAUUAGGUUCUAUAGUAACAAUUGAUAAUGAUAAAAAAUCCAAUGAUGAAAUAUCAUUAGCAUUAAUUAUUGAAAUUGAUUCAAAUAUUAGUAAUACAGAAACACCUUAUUUAAUUCAAUAUUUACAAACAUAUCAAACAGAAAAUAUUUCAAUAGAUAAAUUAAAACUUGAAAUUGAUGUUUCACCACCAAAUCUAUCGAAUGUAGACGAUUCAAUUCUUGAUAUAUUAGGAUAUUUUAUUCAAAUUGAUACAUCAACAAGUCAAUCAUUAAUGUUAUUACAAUUAAAACGUCGUUCGAUUUCUGUUUUAUAUCAUAUAUUAAAUGAUAAAAAAUUAAUUGAAAUAUUCAUGGAAAAACCAUAUGCAUCUACAAUUGCUAAACUAUGUUUAUUUAAUUCAUUAGAAAAAAUUCAACAAGAAUCAAUUGAUUUCGAUUUAUUUAAUAAACAAGAUUUAGAAAAAUAUUCUUUAACUUUCGAUAUAUGUGAAAAUUUAAAAACAAUAACUGAAAAUGAAAAUAUAACUCAUAAUUCAAUAUCAACAAAUGAUCAACAUGAUUCAUUAUAUACUAUAUGGACUAAUGAUGAAUUCAAUUAUGAUCAAUUAAUUAUGAAUACUUUAUUAAUACCUAUAUCAAAAUAUAAUCCAUGGAAACCAUAUGUAUCUGAAAUAGAAAUGGAUUUUUUUAAACAAGGUCGAAUUGGAAAGGAUGAAAUUUCUAUUGUUCCACAGCCAAGUCAUAUUGCCUCUUCACUAGCAAUUCAAGAAUGUGGAAUUAAACAUCGAUUUCAUGGACGAAUAGCUCCUGAUAGUAGUAAUACUCGAGUAAGUUUUCCAACAUUUAUUAUUGAUAAUUUACAACUAAGCGAAGGAAAAUGGUAUUAUUGUGUUCGAUUACCAGUUGGCGGAAUUAUUCAAAUAGGAUGGGCAACAAAUGGUUUCACACCUUCUGGAGGUUGUGGAGUAGGUGAUGAAAAAUAUUCAUGGUCUUAUGAUGGAUUACGAGGUGUUUUUUUUCAUGAAGAAGGAUAUUAUGGUCAAUUUAAUGAUAUUCGUUGGAAAGAAAAUGAUGUAUGUGGUUGUGGAAUUGAAAUCAAUGGUAAAAAUACAAAAAUUAAAUAUUGGUUAAAUGGAAAAUUCUUAGGUACAGCUUUUUCACAUGAUUCAUAUAUACCAUUAUCAACAAAAAAAUGUAAUUUAUUACCACAUGGACCAAUAACAACUUAUUUUCCAGCUAUUACUAUACAAUGUGGUAGUGAUUCAGUUAAAUAUUGCGAAUUAAUAGUUAGUCCAGAAGAUAUGCAAGAUUGUCCAUUACCAAAUGGUUAUAAACCUUUAUUAUUACCAAAACAAAUUCAUACAGAAAAUUCUCUUGUUGAUUAUCCUUUUAAUGCUUAUUUAAUUGGUGAAAAUUCUGAAGAUUAUUUGUAUACUACACGAAUAAAUUCUUCGAAUAUUUUCCUACGUGAUUUUAUAAAUGAACAACACAUUGAAACAACAUUUACUUUCGAUGAUAAUCAUUAUCUUAUUUUAUCUGAACAAAGUAUUGGUUUUCCAAUGAUAAUAAAUAAUGAUAAUAUAACAUCAUUGACAAUAAGUUUUGAUUUUCAAAUAUUAUCAUCCAAUGAAAACUCGGAUAUUUUAUUAUUCAAAUUUAAUUCAACAGAAAUAACAUGGAAAAAAACUGAUGAAAAAUUACGAUGUGUUAUUAUAUUUCUAGCAAAAAAAGGUCACAUAAAAGUUUAUAUCAAUAAUAAAUAUCGAAUAUUUACAGAUGCAUUUCAACGUGAAACAAUACGUAAAUUAAAUUUACAUAUUUUACCAGAUAUUAAUGCUAAAAUAAAAAAUCUUGCUAUUUGGAAAUAUGCACUUUCCGAAGAAAAUAUUCGACGUUUGUUUACUUAUGAUCUUUCCUAUAUUGCUAUUGAAUAUCGACAAUUAAAAGAAUAUCAUAAACAAAUAAAUCAAAUAUCAUUUUUGAAAAAUCAAACAAUAUUUAUAAAUGAAUAUCUUAUUCCAUUUAAUGAACCAUUUAAAGAUGAUAUUUGGAAGAAAAAGAAAAUACAAGCAGAUGAUUAUGAAUCAAAAUAUUUCAAGACAAAUAAUAAUAUAGAUUAUUCUAUUAUUGAACUAUAUGGAAAUCAAACAUAUCUCGUUUUAGAUAAAUCAAACGAACAAUGGUUUGAAUAUACACUUAUUCUUAAUAUUUCUAUUCCUCAAUGGCCAAUUAUAAAUGAAAAAUUGACAUUAAUUAUAUUAAAUUCAAAAACAGAAAUUUACAUAACACAUUAUGGUAAACUUUGUCUUGAAAGUAAUCGAACUAAAUAUGAAAGUAAUUCAACAGUUAUGCUUAAUGAAUAUUUUAAUUUAUUUAUAUGUGUUCAAGAAAAAUCUGUUCAAAUUUAUUUAAACGAAAGUUUAGAAAUCAAUAUUGAAAUUGAUGAUGAACGAUUUUAUAUCAAAUCGAAUCGAAUUGAUUUAUUUAAAGAAACUAAUUUGAACAAAAAUACAACAAACGAAGAUACAGUUCGCAUAUCAUUGAAAUCGAUCACGUAUCUUAAUCGAGCAAUACCAGUAGAUUACGAAAAUUUACAAACAUUGAUUGCACCACCCUUUUUGAUCAUUGGAUCAAAUUUAAUAGCAAUGGGUUAUAAAAAGUCAUGGAUCAAAUCAGUUAUAAAACAAUAUAAAACAACAAAUAUUUCAAUAAUUCAUAAGAUUUUAUAUGAACAAAAAGAACAAUUCAUAAAAAAUGAUCUUGAAAAUGAACGAAAUCGUUAUUUAAAGAUUUUAUCACGAUUACAUCCAUCAAUUGGUUCUCACAUUUUAAAAGAUUUAAUCGAAUGUUCAGACUUUAAUACAAACGAACAAAUAAUCGAUAUUUUACAACGUAUUUUUCCAUAUUGGAUAUUUUUACAAUCAUCAAAAAUUUCUAAUAAUAAAAUAGAAUUUGAAUUAAAUUUAGAUACGGAAUGGUUUUCUCAAUAUUUUCAAGAUUUAAAUAUGAAUUCUAACAUUAAUGAAUGGAUUCUAGACAAAGCAUCAAUAAAAAAUAAUGAAAAUAAAAUUUAUCAAUUACUUGAUUUAAAUGAAUUUCAACAAAAACAAACAACAAGAAGAACGACUCUGAAAUCAAUCAAACAUUCCAAUAAAAAUAUUUCAUCAAAACAAUUUUUAACAUCUCGUAUUAAUUGUGAACAUGAAUUAACAAUAAUCUAUGCACGUCAUACUAUUCUCAACAUGAUUGAACUCUGGUUGAAUGAUCAAACAACUUUAUUUCCAUUAGAAAAACUUGGUGAUUAUACAUUUCUUGUUACUUUAUUAAAAUUAUUGGAUUAUAUCGAAACAAAUAAAGAUGAAAAAAAUGAUCGAAUACAUUUAUUAAUUAAUUCAAUUCUUAAAAGUGAAAUGAAAAAAUUAUCUGAAAAUAAUUUUACAAUUAAUAAUGAUUUAUUAGAAAGUAAAGCACCAUUAUUUUAUCAUUUACAAAAAUAUUUAUUUAUUCAAUCGAUUCAAUUAUUAUUUAAACCAUAUUUAUUUAAUCAAAAUUUGAAUGAAAAAAUUCGAAUCAAUGAACAACAAUUAGAUUUUAAUUUUAUUUUAAAAAUUCUUGAUUUUUUCAUCGAAUUAAUAAUCGAUAAAACAUUAAUAAAACAAAAUCAAAUUGAUUUAAUCAUAUCAUUAUUAUUUCCUACACAAUUAAUUAAUUUAAUGUUUAAUUUAUUUUUAUUAGUUCCAACACAUCAAUCAAAAAUAGUUAUUAUUCGUCAAUUGACUACUUUAAUUCAAACAAAUGAGCAUUUCAAUUUAAAUAAUGAAAUGCAACAAUUCUUUUUUCAAUUAUUAAUCGAAUUAUCAUCAACUACAACAUCACCAACCAAUUGUUCGACAAAAAAUCUUCAAAUGAUUUUAACAGAUUUAGUAUUUGUUUUAUUAACAAAACAAAAAAAUCAACCUAUUGAAAAUAAUAAUCAAAUUCAAGAAAUUGAAUCAAAACUUCCUGUAGAAAUUCAAGAUUUAUAUACAACAACUAAUGCUAUUAUUGCUUCGACUGAUCCAACAAAACAAACAUUAUUACCUGAAACUUUCCUUCAACAAUCAAAUGAUAUUUUAGGUGGUAAUUUUAAACUAAAUCAAGAUUAUUUUAAUAAAUCUAAUAAUUAUUUUAAUACCACUGCCGAUCAAGAUUUAAUCAAUUUAAUGAAUAAUGAUCAAUCACUUAACGAUUCAUUUUCAAAAUUCAUUCAAAAUCUUCCAACAGAAUCUCAAUCAAAUGCAAUAUUCUAUAAAAAUUCUAUAUCUUUAUCAAAUAUUCCAUCUGAUUGUAUUCAAAUUCGUGUUCAAUUCUUUUAUAUAUUAAAUAAAUUCAUUGAAAAAAGUCUUUCAUUGGUUGACCUUAGUUUACCAUUAGGACAAAGUUUUCUAACUGAUCGAAUUCGAAUAAUAAAACCUUAUUUAUUAUCGUCAACAAAAUUUCAAUUAUUAACAGAAACAUUAGAAAAAACCGAAGCUGAAUAUAAUAGUGAUUGGAAUAUAGUUAAUUUUGAUACAAUUAAAGCUAGUACAAAUACUGACAAUAGUGAAAAUACAAUGUUCUAUCAAGCUUAUCAACAAUUACAUACAAAUGCUCAUAUCACAUUUCGACGAGCGAAUGAACAACUUUGGCAUGCACAAUAUAUUGGAAUGCAUAGUACUGAUCAUGGUGGACCUUAUCGUGAUUCAAUAACUCGUAUUUGUUCAGAUAUAUGUUCUUCACGAUUAUCAUUAUUUAUUUUAUGUUCAAAUGGACGUACGAAUAGUGGUUCAAAUCGAGAUUGUUGGAUUCCAAAUGUUUUUCCACCAAAUAAAUCUAUAUCAAAUAAAUAUAAAAAACAAUAUCGUUUUAUUGGACAAUUAUUUGGUAUGGCUAUAAGAAAAAAACAUUAUUUAAAUGUAAAAUUUCCUAUUUUAUUAUGGAAAAAAUUAUUAAAUGAAUCGAUUACUAUUGAAGAUAUUGAAGCAAUUGAUUUACAAAGUUUUACAUUUAUAAAUGAAACAGAAAAAAAUAUUGAACAAAUUAAAUUAAUUGAUACUGAGAAUGAUAUUGAUUCUUUAUUUAGUAGUAUUAUGAAUGAAUUACGAUUUGAUGUUGUUAGUUCAUCGGGAGAAACCUAUGAACUUAUUCCUGGUGGUUCUAAUAUUCCUAUUACAGCUCAAAAUUUUAAACAUUAUUGUUCUUGUUAUCGACAAUAUCGUCUUAAUGAAUUCAAUCGACAAAUUGAUUUCAUUCAACAAGGUUUAUAUAGUAUCAUUCCAUCUUAUUAUUUAAGUUUAUUUACUGCUAAAGAACUUGAAGAAGUUGUAUGUGGUAAAGAUCGUAUUGAUAUAGAAUUUUUGAAACGAAAUACUUCAUAUGGAGGUCAUUUUAAUCAAAAUUCACCGCCGAUUGAACGAUUUUGGACUGUUCUUAGUGAAAUGUUUAAUGAUGAUCAAAAGAAAUUAUUUUUGAUAUUCGUUUGGGGUAGAAGUACAUUACCAAUUCGAGAUGAAGAUUUUCAAUCAAAGUUCAUCAUUAAUUCAUACGAUGUUUAUGAUGGUCAAGUCGAUCAAGCACUUCCACGAUCGCAUACAUGUUUUUUUACUAUUGAUUUACCCGCUUAUUCAACGACUGAUAUUAUGUAUGAGCGUUUAAAUUAUGCCAUUACUUGCUGCUCAAGUAUCGAUGGUGAUGGUACUGUAAAUGAUGCAUUUAAUGGCGAAGGUUUUGGUUCUGAUGAUAGUAAUGAUGAUGAAUAA